AUGAUCCUCGUCUUGUGCUGCACCCACAUCGACGUCAAAGACAACAAUAUUGCAGCCAUUGCCAGUGCCGCGAGUAGCCGCAUCAUUGGAGGAACUUCGAUCGACAUCAGUCUAGUUCCAUAUCAGGUCGGUCUAUCGGUGGGAGGCGACUUCAAAUGCGGAGGCGUCAUCGUAAGCACCACCGCCGUUAUAACCUCGGCCCAAUGCGUCAAGGGCGUGACGGUGUCGACGAUCACGGUUCGGGCCGGAAGCUCGUUCCGAAGCACAUUAGGCACCGUCCACACCGUUUCCUCGCUCGUAAUUCACCCCAGCUUCUCGAGCACGACUUAUGACUACGACAUCGCGAUAUUGAGGUUUUCGACCGCUUUUACACUCGGAACAACCGUCGGGGUCGCGACUCUGCCAAGUGUCGGGGAAACUCUUGCCGCUGGAAGUGUCGCAAAUGUCACCGGCUGGGGACUCUCAGCGGUCGGCGGCACCAGCUUUUCCGGAAAUUUGCAAGUCACCCAAGUGCCCAUAGUCGCCACUUCCGUUUGCACCGCCGCCUUGAGCAGGAUCAACACCAUAACUGACCGUAUGUUGUGCGCUGGAUACACUACGGGUGGACAUGACGUGUGCACCGGCGACACCGGCGGCCCUUUAACUUACGGCGGCAAGGUGGUUGGUCUCGUUUCCUGGGGAGCUUCGUGCGGUGCGAUUGGCAGUCCGGCAGUCUACGCAAAAAUCUCCACCCUUCGUGCCUGGAUUAGUACGGAGGCCGGAGUUUAAUGGCGUAGAAAAUUCUGUGUUAGAGGUGUGGUGGUCCACAGGCAGCAACAUUAUUUGAAUAAACUCGAGAUUUUGCGAAACAGA